GGCGACGAGUCGCUUGUCUCGAGGCAGGUCGAGGGGUCAAAACCGGCGACGUUCCCGAUUCCGGAAGCUAGCGUGCCAUGAAGGCCCGUCGUCGUCGCCGUCGCGAGGAAUGACUCGCUGCUAGGAAGUCGUGAUAAUUGCGUGGUGCCUGCUGAUGUCAGCGGUGACUACUACGAGCCUCGUCGCCGAGGUCAACGGGAGCAGCGGAAGGAAUCUUCGAGGAUAGGGUGCAAUCACCUCAUUGAUCGAGCGCGAGAAUAAUGAGAAUCAACGCGACGAAGAUGAGCACUCCGAUCGAGGAGAAGAUUGACCAGAAGCUGAAGGUGCGGACGGGGAUGGUGACGGUCAGCGAUGGAAAGAGUAAACCCGUGCCGAUGCGUUUGCACUUGUCUAUGGAGGUAUUGAAGCUUCAACGGGAGGAUCUCGAGCAGGCAGCGAAUCACAAUAAGCCACCCUUGGACGCUAAGGAACGCAUGGUGCAAAUCACCAGGCAAAAGGUCGGUGGUUUGGGGCUGAGUAUAAAGGGUGGAGCGGAACAUAAGCUUCCUGUACUCAUAUCGAGAAUUUAUAAGGGUCAGGCCGCCGAUCAGUGUGGCCAGCUUUUUGUUGGGGAUGCAAUUAUUAAAGUGAAUGGCGAGUAUAUCACGGCGUGGAAUGCCGGUGAUAUAGUAGUUCUAACGGUCAAGCAUUAUCGAGCGGCCAAACCAUUUCUACAAAAGAACGAGAAGGAAGAAAAGCUAGAUAAUGUUGCCAAUGGUACGGCGGAAGACGGAUGGAUAUCGCCUAACAGACAAGGGGGUAGUCCUAGAUGCAGUCAUAGCCGUCAAAGUUCCAAUGCAUCUUCCAGUUCGAUGCAAUAUAAAAGAUGGGUGGACGUAAUUACAGUUCCGUUAAUGAUGGCAUAUGUGACGAGAUACAUAUUCGGCACUGACAAACUAAGGAGAAACGCAUUCGAAGUGAGAGGACUUAACGGGGCACGUACAGGAGUGAUACAUUGCGAUGAUAGUGCUAUUCUCAGCCAAUGGUUAAAAUAUAUAACUGAUAACAUUACAGGAUUGACACAUUUGCAGAUGAAAUUGUACAAUCGUAAUUUCGGAGUUGGCGAACGCAUAGAGUAUAUGGGCUGGGUGAACGAAGCAGUGAGUAAUAGCAAUCAACCCUGGCAGAGUUACAGACCGAGAUUCUUGGCUCUAAAAGGACCUGAUCUAUUGCUAUUCGAGACACCUCCUUGUAAUAUAGGCGAUUGGUCACGCUGUGCAUUGACUUUCAAAGUGUACCAGACGAUGUUCCGCGUGAUGCGCGAAUCGGAGAAUGUGGAUGAGCGGCAGCAUUGCUUCUUGGCGCAGAGUCCGGGAAAACCACCGCGUUAUUUGAGCGUUGAGACCAGGCAAGAACUUCUGCGGGUCGAGGCGGCGUGGCACACCGCUAUAUGUUCAGCUGUUGCAUAUUUAAAGAGUAAAACAUUCCCGGUAACUUUCAACAGCAGAAGUGCCGGUCUAACGUUAGAGUGGACUCAAGGAUUUACGUUAUCGUAUGAAGGAAUCGGCGAGAUCAUGUGGCGUUACAAGUUUUCUCAAUUAAGAGGGUCCAGCGACGACGGUAAAAGUAGACUUAAAUUGCAUUUCCAAGAGCCAGACAGCAUUACUAUCGAAACGAAGGAAUUGGAGUGUUCCCAGUUGCAAAACUUGUUGUUCUGUAUGCAUGCGUUUCUUACCGCGAAGGUAGCCGCGGUAGACCCUACGUUUUUAACGUCGACCACUCCGUAAUGAGAUGUAAUAUAAAUUUAAUAACGUUAUUGCCGACGAAUCACCAAGUGGAUCACUUUUGUGUUCUGUUAUCGUUGUACGGAUUAGAUCGUGCGCUGAAAAGUUGCUGGGAAAUGCAAGAAAAGAACGAGGAAGAGAAAGCGACAGAAACUAGUCAAUAUCCAAAAGGUAUUUUUAUCGUUUACAUAUAAAAAUCACCAAGCGGUACUAUAUACUCUACUCAUCCUACCAAAAGCCAAUUUCAUUAGUAUAUAUAUGAAUCUAACGGCUAUUAUCGUAUUGUACGCAUGUAAGUAUAAGAAUUCUCGUGAGUUUCUAGAAGCAACAGUAAUAUAUUUAUGAAUGCCCAACUACGAUGUGAUUAUGUUAACUGCUUU